CACUUCCCCUCCCAGCCUAGCUCUGCAGACUCGCGCGCUCCCCGCCUAGCCCGCAGAGCCCGCGCCGCGGCCGCCCGCCGCUCCGCUCCGCGGCGCUCCGAGAGGCCGCCAUGGGCACCGCGCGCUGGUUCGCGCUGGGCAGCCUGGUCGCCUUGGCCGGGCUGCUGGAAGGCCGGAUUGUGGGCGAGGAAGAGGCCGGCUUUGGCGAAUGUAACAAGUUCUUCUACGCCGAGACCCCUCCCUUGGGCCUGGCGGCGGAUUCCCACGUGAAGAUCUGUCAGCGUUCCGAGGGCGUCGAGCGCUUCGCCACGCUCUACAGCACCCAGGACCGCAUCCCGGUGUACUCGGCGUUCCGCGCCUUGGGCCCGGGGGCCAGCGGCGCCGAGCAAGGCUGGCUAGUGGAGCCGCAGAUCGAUGACCCCAGCAGCAGCCUUAAAGAGGUGAGUAAUGAAGCUGAUGCCAUCACCUCAGUGAAAACUCUGGGGAGCAAGCAAGCCCUGAAUACAGAUUACCUGGAUUCUGAUUAUCAAAGAGGACAGCUGUACCCGUUCUCCUUUAGCAGUGAUUCCCAGAUGGACACAUUCACCCUCACAAAUGCAGUUCCGAUGACCCUGGCCUUCAGGGAACGGUGGUACAUGAAUCUCAAGAGCCUAAUGGACCGGGCCUUGGCUCCGCAGUGCGGUAAUGGGGAAGACCUAUACAUCAUCACCGGCGUGGUGCCCUCAGACCACAAAGUUAAAGACAGAGUGACGCUUCCCGAGUUUGUCUGGCUGGCAGCCUGUUGUGCUGUUCCUGGAGGCUGGGCUAUGGGCUUUGUCAAGCAUACCCGGAAUGGUGAUGUUAUUGAAGAUGUGAUGGUGAAGGAUCUCGAGAAACUGCUUCCAUCUCACCCUCAGCUGUUCCAGAAUAACUGUGGUGAAACUGAGCAAGACACAGAGAAAAUGAAGAAAAUCCUGGAAAUGGUUAACCAAGUGCAGGAUGAAGAGCGGACAGUGCAAUCUAAAGAGAGCUCUGUUCCCUUCUCCAGCACAAGGAAUAAAAGGUCUGAUCUGUUGCCUCCAGAGGCCCCUGAGGAAAGUAGUAGCCUUUUGGGAAAACUGAUGGGCAUCAUUGCUACCCCAUUCAUCAAGCUUUUCCAAUUAAUUUGUUACCUUGUGGUAGAAAUCCUAAAGUACACUAUCUGUUUCCUGUGGUACAUUACCAAGGAGGUGAUAAAUACCAUAGAAAGUUGCCUUUACCGUCUGGGCUCAGCCACCAUCUCAUACUUCAUGGCCAUUGGGGAAGAGCUGGUGAGCAUUCCCUGGAAGGUGCUUAAGGUAGUGGUCAAGAUCAUCAGGGCUGUUCUCCGGAUCCUUUGUUGUCUGCUGAAGGCUGUUUGCCGUAUUCUGGGCAUCCCCAUCCGAGUCCUUGUGGAUGUGGCCACUUUCCCUGUGUAUACCAUGAGUGCUGUUCCAAUUGUGUGUAAGGACAUUGCUGUGGGCCUCGGUGGCACUGUCUCUCUGCUCUUUGACACUGCCUUUGGCACCGUGGGUAAUCUAUUUCAAGUUGUUGUUGGUAUCUGCAAACGGAUCGGCUACAAGGUUACUUUUGACAAUUCUGGGGAGUUAUAGAACUAAAAUAACUAAUAGUGUUCAGUCACAGUGAAUUU